UCGAGCAGCAAUGAGCGGCAGCCAAUGGGAGGGCGCGGCUCCCCACCUCAGCGAAUGAGCGCUCGGCGCCGGCCCCUUCCGGCAUUCGGCGCGCUGGUCGGCGGCGCUUUCGAAGCUAUGGCGGCUGAGAAGGCCUCGGAGGGGGUGGCGGCUGCGGCCAUAGCCGCGGGCGAGGCUCUGGCUGCGGCCUCAGUGGCCUUAGCGACCCCCGGCCUUCAGGAGGAUGUUUCACCUGCUCUCCUGGCCGAGUUCCUGAAGGACUCCAGGAAGAAGGAGAAGUUACUGUGGGGGCAGCUGCAGGUGGUAGAUGCGCUCCAGGCAUUCCUGGAGCAGAUGGACGUGGCCGUGAACACCGAAGAGGAGAUCCGGGCAGAAGCCAGUGCAGCCCAACAGCUCUGGAAAGACCUGAAGGCUGAGCAUCAGAAGCAGGUGGAAGCCAUUGAGGCCGCCCUGCCACAGGCCCUGGAGCAACUGGAGGCCAGCCAGAGGAAGCAGGCUUUAUUGGGGAGUGCUCUGAAGCAGGCCCAGGCCAAGAGGCAGGCUUUGGAGGAGUGGAGGAACAUGGCCCAGACCCGCCAGAGGCUCGAGCAGGAAAAGCGAAGGCAGCAGUUAGUGGCUGGAGCCCAAGCCCAGAGGGGGCGCCUGGAGGAGGCCAACAAGCACUGGGAGCAGGCGCUGCUGCUCCAGCGUGAAGAGCAGGAGAAUGGCCAGAGGCUUGGCACCUUCCUAGGACUUCUGCAGAUGCUGCAUGGUGCUGGCAAGGAUGGAGGAAACAGAAAGCCACCGGGAGCCCCAGCAAGCCCCCCACAGUCACAUGACCAAUAAAGGCAUCAGCUCUGCUUCUUUCCUGAGAUUAAUGGGGGGCUGGGGAGAGAGUACUACCCUCCACAGAGACCACUAGGAAGAUUGGAACCUGACUACAUUACCCCCUCAAAACAAAGAAUUCUGCCAGUGAUCAUGAAGGGAUCCCAGUUCUCCCCUAAGGCCCCCUGGCUUUGAGCCUUCCCAUCCCCUAUUAUCCCAUCUCUUCCUUCUCUGUUCUCUUCCUCCCCAGCCCACACCCAUCAGCCCUAUCCCCACAGCCAGACCCUGGGCUACGCUCAAAAGGACAGCCUAAAAUGAAGCCCAGAGAUGCCUUGGGGGCAACAUUGUUCCAAAGGCUUCCCACCUUCUGGGGCCCAGCCUUCUUCCUCUAGGCAGCCUUCCUUGGCUACUUGGUAGCACUGCCCUCCUCGCUGGGGGAUACCAAGGUGGAGGUUGCCUUGAAGCUCCUUUUGCGCUUCUGAACAUUCUGCUCAGGAUGGAAGAUGAUGAUGUACACCUUGGGCACAUAGAGCAUUCCCAGGGAGACCGAGGCACUGAGACUCAUUGACACAGUCAGUGUCGUAGUCUGGAUAUAUAUCUGAUCCAAAGGAAAGGGGUGUUGGCUUGGUCCAAACCAGCCAAUCCACCUCCUUCCCUAUCCUGAACCCAGGAUGGCCCCCAGUGGCCAAAGGAGAAGAGAUGACUCUCCUAGUGGAUGGAUGGCAUUUUAGGAGUUGGAAAGGAUGUUCAGGUUAAAGGCUCAGAGUCAGGAAAGGGCCUAUUAUGGGCAGGCCAGAGGAAAAGGAAAAGGAUGAGUGAAUAAAAAGCCACUACUAAAAUGAACAAUUGGUGACAUGUAUGAACAGGUUAACAAUGAGAUGAACAGAUGUGUGAUGAAAUAAACUGGUGA